GUCCGCUGGCAGCAAGCCCCUGGCUUGCGAGGCGGUUCUGGGGAUCCUCACCUUGAACCAGGAUCUUUUUCUGCUCGUCGUGACGGAUGCCGUCACCGUCGUCGAUGGCAAAGAGACGAUUCAGAGAGUUCGGAAGUGCGAAGCUCUUCCGGCCGGUGAGAACAGCAGUGAGGGCGCCGAGGCAGCCGCGACAGUUACGCAGCUGCUCGAGGAGCACUUCUACUUUUCGCACGGUUUUGAUCUCACUCGCAGGCUCCAGCAACGGGUGGAGAGAGAAGCGAGGCCUACACUGUUGCACGCAGAUCCUCGAUAUGUUUGGAACCUGUCUCUUUGCGAGCCGUUGCUGGGCCAGGGAGUUACAGAGCGAUGGUUCACACCUGUCAUGCAAGGAUUCGUCCAGCAGCAGGAGCUCAAGACACUCCAGACACCUCAACCCCUCCGGUUGCUGCUGGUCGCUCGCAGGAGCCGGUGGCAUGCGGGAACCCGCUACAACGCACGCGGCCUGGAUGACGACUCCGAGGCUGCCAACUGGGUUGAGAGCGAGAUGCUGGUGAGACGUCCAGGAGGCUCAGAGCACUGGCUUGCGCUGACGCAGGUCCGGGGCAGUGCGCCUGUUCACUGGGAGCAGAAGCCCAGCUCAGGUGUCACGGUGACGCGAG